AUGAAUUCUAUUUCACUUUAUGUUCUUCCCUCUCGGAGAAAGCGCGAGCACUCUGUUGAAGUGGAAAUAGAUCAGUUGGAAACUGAGCGAGCUAAACGCCGUUACGUUUCUGAGUUCUUAUCUUCUGAACUAACAGCCUUAAGCCUUCAUAACAACGAAGAAGACCCUUCUGUUACUAAUGUUCAGCAAAUGGAUAUAAUUGAUUUAGAUGCUAAUCUACUGAGAAAUAAGUCACCGUCGAGUCGAAAACAUGUUGUUAUGGUUACUGAUCUUGAUGCUGAUGAAUCUGAAGAUUCCGAAGGAAAAAGUGAUGUGAAGGAUGAAUGUUCCUCUUCCAUUACUAAUUCUAUUACAAUGCCUCAUGAAAUUCGAAGAUCAUUAAAGAAGAUAUCGGACAAUCCAGUUCGGGCAUUAGUCUUAUAUCAACGUCCUCCAUGGUUGCCAACUGAACCUUCUAAUUCGGAGCCAAAAGGAACAAUCCCUCGAAAAAAUAAGGAAGCCGUACAUGAACGUCGUAUUUCUGAAAUUAUGGAUAACGGUAAACUGUCUCCCAUUCCUGAGGAUCCUGUGAUCGACUCAGAAGAAAUGGAUUUAGACCUUGAUGUCGAAAAUAACAGAAUUUCUUAUGAUGGGUAUUUGGGUGACGAUGAUGAAGAUGGUGUUGAAGAAAUGGAAUUAACUAGAAGUAAAAUGGACAUUGACGACGUAGAUCGUACACCUGAUGCAGAGAUCGCUAGAAUGUUCAGAGUAUGGAAAACCGCGCAUCAAAUGGUGAUCGAUAGAGGCUAUGUAAUUAAUAGCGACGCAUAUAAUGAUAUCGAGAAUUUUAAAGAAAGCAAAGAAUCGAUGAUGUUUCAAGUACAAAAAAAUGAUAAUCCAAAUGAACAACUUCUUGUUGUGUUUCCUGAUGAUAAGCCUGUAGGUGUAAAAACUCUUAAAGCUUUAUGCCAGCGAAUGUUAGAUACAAAAGUUUCCAGAGGUAUUGUCGUUUUUUCAGGCACAAUGACAGCUGCAGCUAAUAAGGCGAUUCAAGUGAUUAACACCAAAGAAAACAGAUCGUAUGAGAUUGACACGUUUUCAGAAGCGGAUUUGAUGGUUAACAUUACUCAUCAUCUGUUGGUGCCGAAGCAUUAUGUACUAAGCGAGGAAGAAAAGAAGACUCUAUUAAAUAAAUAUCGAUUAAAAGAAACGCAAUUGCCGCGUAUUCAAACGACAGAUCCGGUUGCAAAAUAUUACGGAUUGAAGAGGGGGCAG